AAAAAAUGUCAUCUCAAACUAACUUGAAAUAUAUUUUUCUCAUUUUGUCCCAUCUUUUUUGUGUUGGUUCCUCUAUUUUUAAGGAGAAGAAUUUAUUACGAUGGAUGUACUUGAUUUUCCAAUAGGAAAACGGAUUCUCAAAUCUGUAAAGAAGAUAUUGAUUCCAUUUUUAGCGACAAUUGCAUUAAAAUCAUUGACUACAAUGCUUUCUCAAAUGGCGUAUGGCUGGAUUAUGAAUAUCAUUGUGAAAAAAUUUAAUCUUAUAAUGUCAGUGAUUCAUGGAUUGAAAAGUUUAUUUUUAAUGAACCGUUGGAAUUGGUAUGAUAAUAAUCAAGAGACACCAUAUUAUGAAAUUUCUUCAUUCGAAAAACCUUUACACACGACAAAUUUCCAUUUUCCUCAAAAAGGACAUUAUUUUUCAAAUUUUCACAAUAAUUGUCCUUGUCAUGUUAAUAAUAAGAGACACAAAAUAUAUCAUCAUUUAAUGAAUCGUUGGAGACGGAAAAAAUUACGAAAUUUUAAAGUAAAAAAAUUUCCCAAUUUUAAAAAAUAUUAUCAUCCUAUAUCAGAUAUUUUCUGA